CUUCUUUACUACUUUUUUUUUUUUCUCGAAAAAAAAACUCUCUCUCUCUCUUUUUUUUUUUUUUUUAAUAAAAAACCACCAAACAAAAAAGUAGCGACGAAGAAAUUUAGACUUGUCAAGACUUCAACAUGCAAAAUCAAGAUGACAUUUCCGAGAGAAUUGCAGCAGCACGUCGAGAUGCAGAUCUCUUGAAAGAAAGAAUCAAACAAAGAAAAGAAGCAUUAGCCGACACAACACUGAGAAAAAUGGCCAAGGAAGUGGAAGCGUUACCUCGAUUGGUGAUGAAAGUACGUCGUAAUUUACGUGGGCAUUUAGCAAAGAUUUACGCUAUGCAUUGGUCUAACGAUAGUCAACACCUUGUAUCUGCUUCACAAGAUGGUAAAUUAAUUGUCUGGAACGCCUACACGACCAAUAAAUUACAUGCUAUUCCACUUCGUUCUGCUUGGGUCAUGACAGCAGCCUAUGCACCCUCUGGUAAUUUCGUGGCCUGCGGUGGUCUCGAUAAUAUUUGUUCCAUUUAUAAUUUAAAUUCACGUGAUGGUCCUGUUCGACCCGCUCGUGAAUUAUCUGCUCACGUAGGUUACCUCAGUUGUUGUCGUUUCCUAGACGACCGUCGUAUCUUGACCAGUUCCGGUGAUAUGACUUGCUUCAUGUGGGAUAUUGAUGCAGGCGUCAAAACUCAUGAAUUUGCGGAUCACAACGGUGAUGUCAUGAGUGUCUCCGUCUCUCCUACUGACCCUAAUAUGUUUGUCUCCGGUGCUUGUGAUUCUACAGCAAAAAUAUGGGACAUCAGAACCAGAAACUGUGUACAAACAUUUACUGGUCACGAAAGUGACAUCAACUCUGUGCAAUUCUUCCCUAGUGGUAUGGCUAUUGGUACAGGUUCAGAUGAUGCAAGUUGUCGCUUGUUCGAUUUGCGUGCUGAUCGAGAGUUAAACUCCUAUACGAACGAGAGUAUCUUGUACGGUAUCACCUCUGUGGCCUUUUCUGCCUCUGGACGACUCUUAUUUGCAGGUUAUGAUGAUUUCAGUAGUCAUGUUUGGGAUACUCUGAAGGGCGAACGUGUAGGUAUUUUAACAAGCCAUGAAAACAGAGUCUCUUGUUUGGGUGUAUCCAAUGAUGGUAUGGCCUUAUGUACCGGUAGUUGGGACAGUUAUCUCAAAAUAUGGGCAUAAAACAACAACAUACACACACAUACACACACACACACACAUCAUUCUUUAUAUCCCCCCCUACCCUACCCCACCCUUUUUUUUUUUGGCCUUUUUCUCUUCUUUUUUUUUUCUCAAAAAAAAACAUAUAUUGUACAACACAAAUCUAUAACUUUCCAAACAAAAUAAUUAUAAUAAAAAAAAAGAUAUAUUAAUUUCAAGCU